AAUAAUAAAAAAAAAAUAAAAAAAAAACAAACAAACAAAACCACAGUACACAUCAAUAAUAGACACUACAAGUUUUGCAUAUUUAUAAACUCCAUAUUUUUUUCCUGUCUAUUUUCUUUCGAUUCUACGUUCUAAACAUGCAUACAUAUAGUUCGAAACCCCUGACCCAAAAGCUGAACUGUGACCACUCUAAACCGAAGUACUAAAACACCAGAACCACAACAAUUAUUUUGCGUGUAAAGAAAAAAAAGCUUAUGUUCGUCGGUGUCGGCCGCAUACCACAUAUCCAAUUCCCAAUUUCCGUCCACACAACGAACAUAAUAGUUUCGAAUCCGUUUUCCACGUUUUCUUUUUAAUCUAAAACCCUAUAAAUAUCUUCACAGAUUAAAUCCUAAACCAAAUUCAUAUCUUUAAUAAAUUACUAAAAAUAAAAAUAAAAAUUUUAAAAAAUGGAAGUUGCACAAAUUCUGUGCAUGAACAAAGGAGGUGGAGAAACGAGUUACGCUCGAAACUCAUCUCUUCAAAGCAAAAUCAUAUCCGAUUCAAAACGAAUCACUGAAGAAGCAGUUGAAUCCAUGAUAACCACUUUUUCCAAUAACAACACAACCAGCGUUAUUUCUAUUGCUGAUUUGGGCUGCUCAUCUGGGCCCAACACGUUACUUCUAGUCUCCGAUACUCUCAAUCUCAUCUCCUCUAAAUGCAAACGCCUCGGCUACCCGCUCCCCGAAGUUCAGGUUUUUCUCAACGAUCUCUUCAGCAAUGACUUCAACUACAUAUUCGGGUCGCUCCCCGAGUUCCAUCGACGUCUUGUGGUCGACAACGGUGGGGAAGUGGGGCCUUGUUUUAUAUCCGGGGUGCCGGGGUCUUUUUAUGGAAGGUUGUUUCCGAAAAAGAGCUUGAAUUUUGUGCAUUCUUCAUCAAGUUUGCAUUGGCUUUCGGAAGUUCCAGAAGGAUUAUUGGAAGGGGAAGGGAAAAGGAGGUUGAAUAAAGGGAAGCUUUAUAUAUCUUCAACGAGUCCGAGGAGUGUCGUGGAGGCUUAUGGUGAACAGUUUAAAAGUGACUUUGGGAGGUUUAUAAAAUCGAGAUCUGAAGAAAUGGUUAGUGAUGGGAGAAUGGUUUUAUCUCUCAUGGGGAGGAAAUCUAUGGAUCCUACGACUCCUGAUAGUUGUCAUCAUUGGGAGCUCUUGGCUCAGGCUUUAACCACCUUGGCUUCUCAGGGAUUAGUUGAAGAGGACAAAAUAGACUCAUUUAACGCACCAUACUAUGCGCCAUGCAUGGAGGAAGUGAAGGAAGAGAUAGAGAAGGAAGGUUCAUUCAUGGUAGAACGGUUCGAAGCUUUCGAGGUUGAAUGGGAUGGGUUUGCCAGUGAAGCUGAGGAUGGUCUCAAAAUUCUGACCAGAGGCCAACGAGUGGCUAAGACAAUACGAGCAGUGGUUGAAACCAUGUUGGAGUCUCAUUUUGGUGGCCAUAUUAUUGAUGCUUUGUUUCAACAUUAUGGGACCAUUGUUCAACAUUAUUUGUCUAACAAUAGAACUAAGUAUACCAAUUUGGUUGUUUCUUUUGUCAAGAAAUAAUGAAUAUAUGUAUCUCUAUAUAAUUGUGUUAACUUUGCUGUUGGGAUAAAAUUAGAUCCAAAAAUAGCAAAGUUAAAUCAGAAUUAUUAUGUCUCCUGUCUAAUAAUUUAUAGUUUAUGCAAACGAAAAGUUGAUAAAUAUUUGUAGUUUGUUCUUUUGCUAUCAUUGGAAAGCUUUUCUUUGAAA